GCGAGGGAUGGGGAUGCAACUCAUUGUCAUCAACUCCGACAUCUCGACCAGCCACGGCCUCAAUCUGAUAAACACACUAAUAUCAUGCCAUCCCAAACUUACACACUGGCAACCAGGGUCAAGCUGGCCACUGGCCAGACGAUCCCCCAGAUCCAGCUGGGCCUGUACAUGAUGUCCGGCAAGGAGGCCUACCAAUCAACCAAGUGGGCCCUGUCGGCAGGCUACCGCGGCUUCGACUCAGCCCAGAUGUACCACAACGAGCGCGAGGCGGGCAAGGCGAUCCUGGACUGGCUCAGCAGCGCCGAGAACACCGACGGCCUGAAGCGCGAGGACAUCCACUACACCUCGAAGCUGGCCAGCUGCAGCACAAACUACAACCAGGUGCGCCGGAGCAUCAAGCAGUCCGUGGACGUGUCCGGCCUGGGGUACGUGGACCUGUUCCUGCUGCACAGCCCGUACGGCGGCAAGGAGGCCCGCCUGACGAGCUGGAGGGCGCUGGAGGAUGCCGUCGAGGCGGGGGAGGUCAGGAUGGCUGGCGUGAGCAACUUUGGCGUGAGACAUAUUGAAGAGCUCAUGGCGUCGAAUCCCAAGGUCCACCCUGUCAUCAACCAGAUUGAGGUGCACCCGUUUAACACGCAGACUGCCAUCCGUGAGACGUGUGCCAAGCACGACAUCAGUGUGGAGGCGUACGCGCCGCUGGCCAGGGCUAUGCGGAUGAGACACCCCAAGAUUGUCAGCCUGGCCAAGGCGUACAAGUGCACGCCUGCGCAGUUGUUUGUGAGGUGGUCUCUGCAAAACAACAUGAUCACCCUGCCAAAGAGCGUCAGGAAGGAGAGGCUUAUCGAGAACGUCGACGUCAACGGCUUUGAAAUAUCGAACGAUGAUCUGGAGACCAUGGCAAACUUGGAUGAAGGGCUUGUUACGGAUUGGGACCCGACGGAUGCCCCAUGAUCUACCCAAUGCUUUCCAAUACCAAUGUCACUUCGGUUGCGUGGCUUGACUCCCAGUCUUAUGUACAUAGAAAAUUACCCACCCAAGUUUUAUACAUGGUUGUAGGCCUCUCAGCAAGAGUGGAGAGAUGUACGUUGAGGGCAACAUACGGCAAGGAAUCAGUAUGGACAUAUCUAGAAGUCGAAUCUUUGUGAUAGACCACAACCUUACUGAAGUCCGUAGGUUCAUAGGUAAUUGGGAGUUCUCGCCAGGUGCGCGCAGGCAGGUUUGGUCACAUACGGGAUGAGAUGCAUUCCAGACCAUUGCACAGCAGGCUGCUGUGCCAUAAAAUGCUUCUGUCCA